CUGGGCUCCACCAAUCACAUAGCCAGACUUGCUCACUAGUAGUUAAGGUGUUAAGAACUCUCAAGCCAUGGAGAGAGAUGCAUUUGGAGUUGUUUACAUUCAGACAAAGCCCAUCUGGUUGUUUGCAGCUAGUCACAAGGUGGCCCAUUGUCCUGCCUUGCUUUUCUCCAUUAUCUUUGGUUCAAGUUGUUUCUUUGAUUAAUCCAAAUCAUGAAAAUAGCCUGCUGAAAGAAUUCACUUUGAAAAUGCCACAAAACAGACAAUGGAAAAAUGAGAUGAACAAGUGUGAAUGCAUCAUUCUUCUCAGGUUCUGGAAAAAUGCUGGUUUUCAGUUCCUGGAAAAUUCUCACAAGACAUCUGUUUUGUUUUAUACCGUCAUUCGUUUCCAUUCAUUGUUCCUACUGUAGACACUGUCUAUGAUUUUUU